GUCCUGGUCCCCUCUGCUUUGGAGAGACAGUCUGUAAUUAUAAAUUACAUUCUAGCUAUGAGGAAGAGACAGCUAAGAAAUUUUUCUCUUCAUAAAAACUAACUGGAUCACUGCAAAAUGACUGCAGAAGUAAUAUUACAUUAUCGGCCAUAUGAGAGUGAUCCCACACAACUGCCCAAAAUUAUAGAGAAAGCAAUUCAGGACUUUCCUACUCGUCAACCAUCAAGAUUUAUUCCUUGGUUUCCGCAUGAUGGGUCCAAACUUCCACUCAAACCUGAAAGAUCACCACCUGUGAUUUCUGAAGAGUCAGUUGAAGAUGUGAAACACUACUUAACCAUGUCAGAGCAUGGUAUUAAGCCACAUAGUUAUGACUGUACUAUAGAUCUAUUGGAGUUUCAGCCUGUUUUGAAAAAAAGGAAGCACUUAAUUCGGUCACACACACUGAAUGAGCAGACUAAUUCCGGAAAUCUGGAAAAACAAUCAGAAAAAGGAAUACGACUGAAGGCAAGAUCUUGGAGUGUUUCACUUCCCCGAAGCACUGGUACAGAAAAUGCAUUUCCUUUGUCUAAAAAAUUGCAAGACAGUUUAAGGACACUGAAUUUGCACUCCCUUCAUAGAGCAAGAUGGACAAUAGAGCACACUGUAUGUGAUAACCAGACUCUGGAAGAAGUUUGGGCAAAACUUAAUCGAAUUAUCAGGCAUAAUGAACUUCCAUCUUGUAAUGCUACAAUUCAGAGACAUGUAGACCAAAUAUGGGUGUUCUGUGAUGUUAUGUACUGUGAAUAUGUGGGAAAUCUUCUUAAAGAAAGAUUAGCUCUUAAUGGGAAAAUACAUUUAUUUGUGCACAGAUAUGGUGCCAUUUUUAGUAUGUGAUGAAUUCCACUGACUGAAAAAAUUUUGGAUGAAUGAUGAAUUGAAAUAGUAGAGGAAUAAAUUUUUUAAUGACAAUGCUUUAUCUCUGCCUUCACUAAUAAACCUAUUUGUUCUUAACAUGAUGAAAAAUAAUUACGAUAGCAUAUGUGCACUUUAAAUCCCAGAAAUAAAGGUGAAU